UGAUACCUCCAACGUGCUUGUUCUUUGAGGGCCUCAGGGCCGCCCAGCAUGAAGCAGGAACCAUGGGCUUUUUGGAAAACUACCAGGAGAUUGACCCUGUUACUUUGAACCUUUGCAUCCUCAUUGCCAGCUACGUUAUCUUGCUCCUGGUCUUCCUGAUAUCGUGUAUCAUGUAUGACUGCCGGGGCAAAGAUCCCACCAAGGAGUACGCCCCAGACCCGGUGCCGGCUCAGUCGCCCGUCAGGCUAGUGGUGUUGCAGAGCUCUCCAACCCCGGUGGGACGGUGGGACGCGGCCAACAUGAUCACAACCUACCACGAGCCACCGCACUCGGACUUCAGGGAGAAGAAGAGCACGAUGGUCUGAGCAAGACUCAGCAGACUCACCGUUGUAUAUACCUGACUCGUUUUUUGUAUUUCUUUUUAUAUCUCCCUAUUUC